AAAAAUAUAGGUUAAUUGCCUUUUUGAGACAUCCGAAAAUGAAAGUGCGAACUUCUACGAUCGGUGUCCGCGUCAAAUUCCUAUCAUCGGAUGAAAUUCGGACCAAACGUUGGGUACCAUUGUCUAUAGUGUACACACUUUUACCGGUCUCUAUCUUUGGCGAUACCUUGAUUUUUUACCUCUAUUUCGAUACUAUGUUUACUUCCUAACCAUAACAAUUAAAAAAACUCGUCAUAACAAUGUUAUGUAAUAGUUAACCAUAAAAACUUAAGUGCAGAUUAACAGACACACGCACGGCACUGCAUUCACUUGUUCAAGAUCAUCAAUGACCGGUUGGGGCGGUAGUGACACGGUGGGGCUAUGAGACGCCGAGUGAAUGCCGGGCGAGACAGUCGCGGACCAGUACUCAGUGACAGUGAACCAAGCCACAAACAAUCACUAUGAUAAUUAAAGAAUUAAUCCUCACGACAUUAUUUGUUAACUGUUUCGCAUACAGAGCUACGACACCGCUUAUUAAAAAUGUGCGGAGAGGUGGUACACAUUUCGAGGGACCUCAUUGGUCAACUGCAGAAAAUGCUCUCUAUUGGGUAGACAUACAAGGCCAACAGGUUCAUAGAUUCGAUGCUGAAACAUCUAAUAUCACCUCUAAAACUAUCGGAUAUGGACCAGUGUCACUAGUUGUAACAGUAAAGGACUAUCCGAAGCUAAUUUUGAUAUCUGUGAGGUCCGAACUUUACUUCUUACCAUGGGACUCAUUCGAAAAUGACAGUUCCCUACGACUACUGAGCGUUGUGGACCUGGGCCUGCCAAACAACAGGUGCAACGACGGGAAAGUCGACGCUAAAGGAAGACUUUGGUUUGGUACAAUGGGCAAGGAAGUGAAUAACAACGUCGACAUGGACCAAGGGACAUUGUAUUUGAUGGAUGAGCACAAUUAUGACGACCCGAUGGAUAAAGUUCGUCCCGUCACCGUGUCUAACGGCAUAGCGUGGACUGCCGACAAAAAGUUCAUGUUCUACAUCGACUCUCCAACUAGGAACAUAGACGUAUUCGAUUUUGAUCUCGAAGAAGGAUCCGUCCGCAACAGACGGACACUCUUCAGUUACCAAGCCAAUAACGUGUCAGGGGUACCAGAUGGAAUGACAAUUGACACUGAUGGCAAUCUAUGGGUUGCCUGCUUUAAUGGAUGGAAGGUAAUAAAGAUUGACCCCAGAGCGGGUAAACUUUUAGAACAGCACAGGCUACCAGUUGCAAAAGUAACAUCGGUGAUGUGGGGAGGACAUGACUUAUCUACACUUUUUGUGACAACUAGCAAGGUGGGCCUGUCUCAAGCGGAGCUGAACGCACAACCUGAAGCAGGGUCCCUAUUUGCAAUUGAAGGAACUGGAGCUAAAGGACUGCCUGAAAAUCAAUUUGUUUUCGCUAAUGCUGCAACUUUUUAGUGUUAAUAAAAUGUUAUUAUAUCUAGUUACAUUUUUAUAUAAGUGUUGUUUUUAUUUUAUUGUAGUCACAUACUAACUCUAUUGUGGACUCCUGUGUAUUCACUACUAGCUAUCCGCUCGCAGCUUCGCAAUUUUUAGCUUUUAACCUUGAACAUUGCAGAAUGCUCAAUACAAAGUUCCACCUUCCAUUAUAGAGAAAUGGGAUAAGACAAGAUACUUCUUGUACUAGGAGGCCUAAUGCCUCUUAAUCUACACUUAAAAAAAAUAUUACUGUGAAAAACGGACACAUAUACAGACACACACUUUCGAAAUAAUAAUAUUAGUGAUUAUGAUACUAUUAUCAAGAGAGAAAGUAUGUCAAUAUUAACAACAAAUAGUAGCCUCUGUUCUUAAUUUUACAUUUUAACAUAACAUUGAACUAAUAAACAGCAUAACAUUAUAUUUCAUUUGGAGCAUAUUCCUAAAAUU